AUGGGCCAAGGCAAUACUGACGUCUUGCUAUCCUUUAGGAGAAACAUCACAGUCAACCACUCGACUGGCUCCGAGCAGAAUUCCUAUUCCGACGAGGAAGAUUCCUCUGGCGUCCAGGUGUCGGCGCAUUCUGGUAGCCACGAAGACGAAUACACGGACUCAGCCGAGGAGGAAGAGGAAGAAGGGUGGGACUAUAUAGACGACGAGAUCGAACCGUCCGACUCUGCCUCGCGUCCACGAGCACCGCCAAAGCACCGCUCCGUCCCGCAGCCCGCGCCUCGUCCCCCGCCUGCACCCCGUGCCCGAUCCCAUCGUGCUCCCGCCCGCGACCCACCUGUUCGCCAUAGGUCCUCCAGGUCCUCAAGCAGACAUCCCCGAGAGAAGGAGCCAAGGCAGCGACGACGGCGGCCCGAGUCCGUCCACUCAGACAGCCUGGACGAGCACGACGACUAUCCGGGCUACGCCCGUGGCGGGCACCAGCCUCAUCCAAGCCAGCAAUGGGGUCACGUUCCGCAUCAACCGCCUGCCAGCGGCUAUGCGCCCAGUGUGAUGUCGGGUGUUCCUCCAUACAACCCCUUCACUAAUGGAAUGGCACCGCCAGGCAACUCGUUGGUUCCGUUCUCUCAGGGGGGCGAUCCUUACGGCGGCUACCCCCAGAACCCGUUUGCAUCGCCGCCGCCUCUUGGACCUAAUGGAAAUCCAUUCGCUCCAGCUGGCGCUGGCGCACCCGGUGGAUACUUUCCUCCUCCAGACGGACAGCGCCCAGGCAGAGGAGCGCACCGGAACUCGAUGCCUCCAAUGCCUCCUGGAGGUGAGAUGAUGCCUUUCGGCGCCAAUGGCUACUAUCCCUACGGUGCUCCGCCUUACGGAAUGCCUCCUGGAAUGCCUGGAAUGCCUGGCAUGCCUGGCAUGCCCGGCAUGAUCAACGGAAUGCCCAAUCCGUACUACUACCAGCAGCCACCCACCCACACGCCCACGCCACCCCCGAAACGAUCCACGCCAGGAGCAGAAGCUCCCCCUCCUCCACCACCACCUCCUCCGCCGCCGCCGCCGCCACCACCACCGCCACCGCCACCGCCACCUCCACCACCCGGUCCACCAGAGCCCACCCCAGACGAUGUCCGACUUUUGAAACUUGAAAGGAUGCUUCUGGGCCAACGCGACGAAGAGGACAAAAAGGCCGAGGACCAGCGAUUCAAUAAGCUAGAACAGCUUCUCAUCGCUCAGCAUGAAGCUCGUGUUCAAAAAGAAGCAGAUAAAAAGAAGGCUGCCGCGGAAGCUGCCGCGAAAGCUGCAGAGGCCAAAAAGAAAGGGGAUGAAGACAAAUUGGCGAAAUUGGAGAAGCUCAUUCUCGCUCAGAAAGAUGAACAGUUGAAGAGGGAAGCGGCAGCUGAAGCGGCACGCAAUGCCGAGAAGGCGGAGGCCGAAUCAAAGGCAGCGAAGGAUGCAGCUGACAAGCAAGCUGCUGCGGAAGCUGCAGCGAAGCUCCUGGAAGCAGCGAAAAAGGCUCGUGAAGAAGCCGAAGCCAAAGCCGCGAAGGAAGCGGAGGAAACAAAGGCGGCGCACGAAAAGGCACUUGCUGAGGCGAAAGCUGCUGCAGAGGAGCUUGAGAAGGGUAAGAAAGCGGCGGAAGAGCAGGCAGAAGCGAUGAAGCCAAAGCCGGAAGCAGCCAAGCCCCCGAUCAAGUUCAAAGACGCUGUUGGCCGUAAAUUCAGCUUCCCAUGGCAUUUGUGCAAAACCUGGAAGGGAAUGGAGGAAUUGAUCAAACAAGCCUUUCUCCAUGUGGAUGUGAUCGGCCCGCAUGUUCACGAUGGCCACUACGAUCUUGUAGGCCCUGAUGGCGAGAUCAUCCUUCCCCAAGUCUGGGAGACCAUGAUCCAACCCGACUGGGCGAUUACGAUGCAUAUGUGGCCGAUGCCAGAGCCGCCACCACCUCCUCCGCCUCCACCACCUCCCCCAGAGCCUCAACAUCACGGGCACCACUUCGAUCCUAAUAUGGUCAUGCUUCCACCGCAACGUGUGAAGAAACCAUCCAAGGGCGGCAAGGCCGAUAAAGCCAGCCGACACCACGGCAUGCCCACUGGCAUGGGAAUGGCCCCUCCACCCCCACCUCCUCCACCUCCCCCGCCACCCCCCAUGGGAGGACCCGACGUCGUCAUCAUCGAUGGGCCUGGGCCUCCUCCGCCACCGCCUCCCCCGCCCAUGCCGGGUCCAGACAUGGUUGUCGUCAACCACCAUCCGUCGCGGAAAAAGAAACCAGCGCCUUUACCGCCGUUGCUCAGGUGGACGGCCGGCGGCGCGGGUCGCAGCCAGUCUUUAAAAGGGGUAAAAAAACCUGAUGGCUCUAGUUCUACCGCUUCUACACCUUCACCUCCUGCUAAUGCGCAGAGUGGGUGCAUCGUUAUGUGA